AGGAGUUCACUGCUCCAGACUGAGAGAUAUUCAAGUUAAACCAACCAGUGUUUGAAAGGGUGCAUCAUGGGUUAUGUAAUUAGACAGACUACAUAGAAGUAAAGCUUUGUAAGGGGUUGGCAAAUUUAGGAAGGCCGCAUUUAGCUAAUUUCAGAUUAAAUUGGCAGUUUGGGGCGGUGCCCACUUGCCCUCGUCUGACGUUUUACUAUUGCCUGGGAUAGUAUGCCCCCAGAAAUAAAGGGGGAUGUAUUGGAAUAUAUGAAUUGCUUAAGUAUUCUAAAAGUAAUGCAAGGAGACUACUCCAGCUACUCUAAAUACCCCCUUUGGGGAAGUUAGUAUAAAUAAAGAUAAAUAAGUAAGAAUAAUGUGUAGGAGGAUUGAGCUAAAGAUAAACCAUGUAUUUUUCUCUUAUCACUUUGCGUGGGAUGGGAACUGGUCAAAUGGUUUUAUACAUGUCCUCACUUCACUCAUGGACUUGAAAAUCUGCAUGGAUUGGAGUAUGGGUUCUGGUACCAAUGGCUGUUCUGUAGCAUAUUAAAAGCCACACAAACAAACAAGUUGGAAAUCCUGAUAGAAGUAGGCUAGCUGUUCAUUUUGUGUUCUUCUCCUUGACGUCCAUGGUCAAAUUAUGAUUAUCUUCCUUGCUAUAACCGUACUUGUCUCAUUUUCAUUUUUUUGUUGGGUGUAUUUGUGAAGUUAGUUCAUAAAAAGUUGAGUAAUUAUCAAGGCCGUGGCUCCCGCAAUGUCACGUUUCCACCACAUGGCGGCGUAAUUUGCCAACAAUUGGUCCGACCGUAUAAACUGGCCAGCGCUUUCAUUUUGCAUUGCAUCGUAUUCUUUAUAAAUAACUUUAGAUGGCUAAUAACUUUAGCCAUCCAUAGUAUACUGCAUUUUUACCAAAAUAAAAUGCAUUUACAAGAAUAAAAAGCAUUCCUUAUGUAUUCAUCAAUGUGUGCAUGUGUUAAUAUUCUACAUUCCCACUAUAGAAUAUCUAAUAUUAUAAUAGUCCAAUAAUCAUUCAAUACUCUAAUCUACACAUCAUAUCAGGAGAUUUUUUUAGAUCAUAAAACCCAUUUCCGCAUCGAAUGUAAAAUAAUAAUAUUAAAAGUCACAAAUGUACCACCCAAAAAGUUUCGCAUGCAAACUUUGCCCACCCGACCCCCUUAUCAGCAUCCAUCCAUCCAUCGGCGGUACCCCUCCUCUCCACCGCAUCCCAAGGGCUCGGCAAGGCGCGCAGGCGUACGACGCUGCGUGGGAAUGGCUGCAUUGUGAUCGAGGGGGUUGGGCCGCGCGGAAACUCACAGCACAGCCCUGCGAGGAGUCUGUAAUGUCCGCCAUGUUGGCCAUGGCGUAUUGAACCAGGGAGGAACAGCGGACCGCGGAGAACAGGGAGACCGACCGACAGCGACCGACACCCGGGCCUGCGCGGCUCCGUUCGCACCGCACCUUGAAGCCCGCCGUCCCCACCGAUCAAUUCACGGAUAAACACCAAUUUCCUCCAUGAGAUCUCGGAGCAGGGUUGCUGUUCAUCUUGGCUUUGGAUCGCAUAGGUUCAUGCUGCGCUGCAUAUUGUAGAGAAAUGAGUAAACUGUCGUUUCGCGCCCGGGCGCUGGACGCCGCUAAGCCGCUGCCCGUGUUCCGCUGCGAGGACCUGCCGGACCUGCACGAGUACGCCUCCAUCAACCGGGCCGUGCCGCAGAUGCCGACCGGCAUGGAGAAGGAGGAGGAAUCGGAACACCACUUGCAGCGGGCCAUCUCGGCACAGCAGGUGUACGGCGAGAAGCGCGACAGCAUGGUGAUCCCGGUGCCCGAGGGUCAGAGCGACAUCGGCUACUACGAGUCCCUCUACCCGGGGGACUUCAAGAUGCCAAAGCAGCUCAUUCACAUACAGCCAGCUUUCUGUCUGGACGCAGAGCAGCCCGACUACGACCUGGACACGGACGACGAGACGUUUGUGAACAAGCUGAAGAAGAAGAUGGAGAUCACGGCGCUGCAGCUGGAAGACAUGAUCGACCGGCUGGAGAAGGGCAGCGGGCAGCAGCUCGUCAGUCUGAAGGAGGCCAAGCUCCUGCUGAAGGAGGACGACGAGCUCAUCAAGGAGGUUUUUGAGUACUGGAGCCGCAAGAGGAAAGGCUGCCAUGCGGGCUACCUCAUCCCCAGCGUCAAGCACGAGAAGAGGGACGGCUCCAGCACCAGCGACCCCUACGUCGGCUUCCGCCGGAGGACCGAGAAGAUGCAGACCCGGAAGAACCGUAAGAACGACGAGGCGUCGUACGAGAAGAUGCUGAAGCUGCGGCGGGACUUGAGCCGGGCGGUCACCAUCCUGGAGAUGAUCAAGAGGAGAGAGAAGAGCAAGAGGGAGCUGCUGCACCUCACCCUGGAGAUCGUGGAGAAGAGAUACGUGACUCCGGACUACGGCAGCGAGGUGAUGGCGGAGACCCUGGCCCAGUGCGCCCUGGUCAAGCCCGUGUACACCAUCCCCAUCCUGCCCCCGUCCAGCAACAGCCAGUACCGGCAUCAGGACCACCUGGACCUCAAGGACUACAAGAAGCCGGAGAAGAGCGAGGUGGUGCGGACCAAGAGGAAAUACGAGAAGAAGCCCAAGGCGCCCCCGCUGGCAGCCCCCGCCCACCUGGGGCCGGCCGUGUUCAGCCCCAAGGACCUCAACCAGUACGACUUCCCCAGCUCCGACGAGGAGUCCUACUCCCAGCUCCUCUCUGGUUCCUCGGAGGCGGAGGAGGAGAACGACCCAGAUGGCGGCUAUGCGUUCAGGAGGAAAGCAGGCUGUCAAUACUACGCCGCUCACCAGGAUCAGAACAUCACCUGGCCGUGGGUGAGCCCCUCCCAGGGGGGUCAAGGGGACCCCCGCUACCGCUACUGUCUGACCUCGCUGACGGCCCCGCGGCGCUGCCUGGGGCUGGCCCGCCGGCGCACGGGCCGAGGAGGACGGCUCUUGCUGGACCGCGCCCACACCGACCUGGACCCCGUCUACCAGAACCUGGACUCGGACCCCGAACCCGAGCACCCGGCCUCCUCGCCCGCCCCCCCUCCAGCGCUGAGCUCGCCGCUCCGGGACUCCAACACCAGUACCUCAGACAGCAUUACCUCCGGCUCCUCUCGCCUCCUCCCCGCUCCACCCUCCUCCUCCGCCUCCUCCUCCUCCUGCACCUCCUCCGUCGCCGUGGAUCUGGCCCGGGUCCUGUUGAACGUAAAGUCCUGCCGCUGGAGGCACUUUAGACCACGGACGCUCCCCCGCGACCCCUCGGGCGCUGGGUUCAUGUCUCGCAGGGGAUUAUUACGGAGGUUUCAGAGGACCGGGUCGGGACUGAGCCGGCCACUGGCCGGCGGGGGCCCGACGCAGCCCCGCCCCGCGCCCCCCCCUGUGAACGUGCUGAGCCUGGAGCAGUACCAGCAGCACCAGGACCAGCUGGCCCUCAUGCAGAAGCAGCAGCUGGAGCAGAUCCAGCAGCAGCUCGCGGCCAGCGACGCGCCCUCCGCUGCCAGCACGCAGGGCCUGGUAUCUAAGACCCUGGACCAGGCCAGUGCCCAGUUCGCCGCCUCCGCCCUGGUCACCGGCGACCAGCUGCUGGCCUUCAAGGCCAAGGAGGAGCCGGCACCCGGCGGCGUCAACGGGGUCCUCCCGGCCGCAGGUGUGUUCAAGGGCUUGCACCCCUCCCCCGCCUCCUCCACCCCUCACCGUGGCAACCAGCCCCCGGGCCCACCCGCCUCCGGCCCCGUGUUCCUCCAGCCCUCCUCCAAGCCUGUCGUCGCGGCGGCGGCGCCCAGCCUGCUCUCCUCGUCCCCGCACACGGCCGCCGCCCUGGGGCUGCUGGGCCCCUCCCCCCCCGCCGGCCCCACUCAGGUCCUCAUCGGGAACAACCUCCGCCUGAGCGUGGCGUCGGCGGGGGGGCUGGGAGCGCGCCACCUCCCCCGGGCGCUGGGCGGCGUGGCGCCCUCUGCCUUAAAGCUGGCCGCCGCCGCCGGCCUGCCCCUGGCCAAGGGGCCCGGAGCGCCGCCCGUGGACCCCCGGGAGAGCCGGGAGCCUGAGCCGCCGUCGCUCAGCAGCAUAGUGGACAACACGGUGGCCAUGGAGGUGACGUAGGGGCCGCCACGGGGCCCCCAGAAUCCUCCCUGGGGGGCGGAACAUCGGGAUGGCCGAGCGAGGGCCGCUGACGCCGGGACCGGGAUGAGGUCGGAACGCCGGGAACGCCGGAUCCAUCCGCGGAGACUCGGCGGCAAAUCUCAUCUCUCAACUGCGUUUUUCUUAAACCGCUCUUUGUUUGUUUUUGUUUAUUUCGUUGUUGUUUUUUUUUUUUUACUUUGAUUUCCUUUUUUUAAUGUUACUGCUAAAAGGUGGGGAAAAAAAAAAGAUUGACAUCUGUAAAUUAUGAAUAUGGCAAGAAGAAAAAAAAUGAAUUAAGUAUAUGUAAAGUAACUUCACAUUUGUACUUUCCCCUGUUGUAUAUAUGUUACUUGGAUACAGAAGUGGUCCAUUUGUGAUGUUUUGCACUUGGGUUAUAAGAGACUGUGUGUCUGGUGUGUGUGUGUGUGUGUGUGUGUGUGUGUGCGUGUCUGGUGUGCGUGUGUGUGAGUAAAUUAAUGUGUUGGGGGUUCAGGGAAGACUGAGGAGAGACGGAGUUGUACAGAGAAACCUUUUUUUUUCUAAUCACAUCAUGUGCAUGGUGCGGAGUCUGCUGUUUUUUAAAAAUCUAUUUAUUGUGCUGUGUUUACAGUUUUUAUUUUAUUUUUCUAUGAUUUUGUAUCGGUUUUCGUUUCAUUUGUACACUGUACUUUUCGUUUGUUCCUGUGCGGUAGUGUAUGUUUUCUGGUAGCUACGGUCUCCUGGGUAUAUAUAUAUAUUUUAUUUUAUAUACAUGUUGUGAACACACAAAGCAGGUCUGACACCCUUCCCUCCUCACCCCUCGAACUCUUUUGUAGUUUGAUUUCCUUUGGUCUGUCGGUGGUGGACUAUUCUACUGGCUUGGGGGUGGAUGUCUGGAUGGAAGCACUCCCCCUCCCCCCUCUCUCUCGCUCUCUCUGUCUCCCUCUCCCACCCCCCCACCCCUCUCCCACCAACCUGACACAAGGAACAAACCAGGGAUGCGUCUCUUCCUAGAAGUGGCCUCCACCUCUUCUGAAUCAAAGCACUAUUAUUUUUUUAUCCGUUUCUAUAUCAAUGCUGCUUUUCUUUUUCCGUUCCAGUUUCUGUUUAUAAAAACCACAACACAGAUUUUCAAGAGUAUCAAUUUGUUUUUGUCUUCUUCCUCAUCCUUUUCCGUGGUUACCGUUUCUCCUCUUGAACUCGGUGUCUUUGUUUUAUUCUUAAGGACUUGACUCUUGCUACUUGUUCCUGCGUUAGCGACGUAGCCGUCUGCUAAAUCAUUCCAGUUGUUUGACUCCAAAACCGGCUGACGUGAGGAAGGAGAAGUGCCACGGGACCCAUUAGUUUCCUCCCUUAUUUCUGUCUUUCUCCUCCUCUCAAUCCCCCUCUUUCUGUUUUUUUUCGUCUUUUUUAUUUUGUUGGUUUUUUUAUAAAUAUUUUUUUCUUUUUGGAAAAAGAAUCUUUGCGAGGCCAACACACCACGUAUCGGGUGCCUUCCUCUGGGGAAAACAUACCUCUCUUCUGUGAAGAGUCCGGCACAAAGAUGGCGCUACUUAGUAGCAGUUCUUGUCUGUGUCAUGCCCAGCCCACUGGCAGGAAACAUACUACCGAGGUUUAUACACGUCCCACACUGGGGGCUGGGGGGGGGGGGGGGGAAUAGAACAUUAAACAAGAGAAAAUGUGACAACUUUCACUAAAAUAUGACAAUAAAGCCCAGGGCAUUAAAUGUGAA